AUGUCGAACACUCGUCCCACUUUCGUAUUCGUCCCUGGCGCCUGCCAUACGCUCGCCCAUGCACAACCACUCCUCGACGCCCUGCAGGCAAAAGGAUAUCCAGCACAGGGAGUAGCACUUCCAACAGUGGGCAAACUCGCCAGUUCAGCUCCGCCAAAUGCGGACGCCCACAGUGUCCGUCAAGCCUUGGAGGAGCUCGUGCUCAAGCAAGAACAAGAUGUUGUCCUGAUAAGUCACUCGUAUGGUGGCGUCCCAGCAAGCCAGGCAGUUGCCGGCUUAGAAAAAAGCGCGAGAAGCAAAGCUGGCCACAAGGGUGGAGUAGUCAAGAUCGUAUUUGUGAGUGCGAUCCUUGCCCUCGAGGGCGAGACCGUGGCGGACGCGUUUUCCGUCACGAACACAAAAGUUCAGUCAGACAAAGGCGUGUGGUUUGUGCCCAUCAGCGAAACCACAUUCGCCGGAGAGCUCAAGGACGCGGAGGAGUUCUUGUAUCAUGAUCUCAGCAGCGAGAAGGCAUUAUACUGGGCGCAGCAACUUGAGCCAAUGUCGCUCCACAUCUUCAGCACGCCCGCAAGUGGGGUUUGUUGGGGCCUCGAAGUUGGAAAAGUCUUCAUCUUUUCCAAGAACGACCGCGCAUUCUUGUUUGCGGCACAGCAGAACAUGGUAGAGAGGGCCAAGGCGAGCGGUGGCGACGCGGAUUCGUGGAAAACGUACCAGAUAGAGUGUGGACACAGCCCAUUCUUGAGUCACGUUGAGGAAUUAGCGGGUAUCUUGACGAACGAGGCAAAGCCAUAUCUUGACGCAUAG